GGCAUCAUCAUCACCAUCGAUGGCCCGUCCACCACAGGGGGAGUGAAACAGAGCAUCGACAUUAACAGUAGCGUUGAGCCCCACAGCUGAUCGGAGCACAGAUCCAGACAGAGUCGGGACAUGAUGUGAAGCAGACAGGCUGUGGCUGCACUGCAAUGGAGGAGCAGACGCUGGACCGGACUGGAUGACUGGAAACCAUUAGCCGCCUGGUGGGGAUCGACGCUGCCGCUGGCUGCAACGACGAGAGCUGACACAGUGGUGGAUACAGCAGAGCUGUGAGAGUGACUGACCCCUCAACACUUCUCCCCUAGGGUUUUACAGUAACAGCCAUGCCGCCCCCUGCUGACAUCGUGAAGGUGGCUAUUGAAUGGCCAGGUGCUAAUGCUCAGCUCAUAGAGAUGGACCAGAAAAGACCUUUGUCCUCAAUAAUACGAGAAGUGUGUGAUGGCUGGUCUUUGUCAGGCGCAGAGCAGUUUGCCCUGCGUUAUGCUGACGGCCCUCAGCUUUAUAUCACUGAGCAGAGCCGUGGUGAAAUCAAAAACGGGACCAUCCUUCGAUUAGCCAUUUCUCCUGGGCGUGCUGCUCGUCAGCUCCUGGAGAGGAUCCAGUCCCACGGCAUCGACGCACGCCUCGAGGCUCUGAAAGAGCUCGCCAAGCUGUCUGCAGAUCCAACCUUUGCCGCAGAGUUCAUCAACAUGGAAGGCAUCGGGACUCUGGCACGUCUUGUCGAGAGCGGCACCCACUUCGGGGAAAUGCUGGCCUUCACUCUCACUGCCUUUCUGGAGCUAAUGGAUCAUGGCAUUGUGUCCUGGGACCUCAUCUCUCUGUCCUUCAUCAAACAGAUUGCGGGUUAUGUGAACCAGCCAAUGGUGGAUGUGUCCAUCCUUCAGCGUUCUCUGGCGAUCCUGGAGAGCAUGGUCCUCAACAGCCACAGCCUCUACCACCGAGUGGCCCAGGAGAUCACCGUGGGACAGCUCAUCGGGCACCUGCAAGUGUCCAACCAGGAGAUCCAGACGUACGCCAUCGCUCUCAUCAAUGCACUUUUCCUGAAGGCGCCAGAGGACAGACGACAGGAGGAGUAUACUAACCCACUGGAGCAGCACCUCACUGAAAUGGCGAGCACUUUGGCCCAGAAACACUUGCGAUCCAUCAUCCUCAACCAUGUUAUAAGAGGAAAUCGACCAAUUAAAGCUGAAAUGGCACACCAGCUGUAUGUGCUGCAGGUGUUGACCUUUAACCUAUUAGAAGAGAGAAUGAUGACCAAAAUGGAUCCUAAUGACCAGACCCAGAGAGAUAUCAUUUUUGAGCUGCGUAGGAUUGCCUUUGAUGGAGAAAAUGACCCGACAGGCACAGAGAAGAGAAAGGCCAUGUACACCAAGGACUACAAGAUGCUGGGUUUCACUAACCAUGUGAACCCAGCGAUGGAUUUCACCCAGACUCCUCCAGGGAUGCUGGCUCUGGACAACAUGCUGUACCUGGCAAAAGUUCACCAGGACACGUACAUCAGGAUUGUCCUGGAGAACAGUAGCCGAGAGGACAAGCACGAAUGUCCCUUUGGCCGGUGCGCCAUCGAACUCACUCGAAUGUUGUGCGAGAUCCUCCAGGUUGGAGAGUUACCUAACGAGGGCUGCAACGACUACCACCCCAUGUUCUUUACCCAUGACCGGGCGUGGGAGGAGUUCUUCUGUGUCUGCAUUCAGCUGCUUAAUAAAACCUGGAAGGAGAUGAGGGCCACGGCCGAGGACUUCAACAAGGUGAUGCAGGUGGUGCGUGAGCAGAUCACCAGAGCUCUGGCCAUGAAGCCGUCAUCUUUAGACCAGCUGAAGAAUAAACUGAGAGGCCUCAACUACUCAGAGAUCCUGCGUCUGCGGCAGUCGGAGAGAAUGAGCCAGGAUGACUUCCAGUCUCCACCUAUCAUCGAGCUGCGGGAGAGAAUUCAGCCCGAGAUCUUAGAGCUCAUCAAGCAACAGCGAUUCAACCGGCUGUGUGAGGGAAGCUGCUUCCGUAAGCUGGGGAACCGCCGAAGGCAAGAGAAGUUUUGGUUCUGCAGACUCUCUCUGAAUCACAAAGUGCUGCACUACGGGGACCUGGAUGAGUCGCCUCAGGGUGAGGUGGCUUUUGAACUCCUCAGUGACAAGAUUCCCGUAUCAGAUAUCAAGUCCGUGGUAACUGGGAAAGACUGCCCUCAUAUGAAAGAAAAAAGUGCUCUCAAACAAAACAAGGAGGUGCUGGAGUUGGCCUUCUCUGUCCUCUACGAUCCCGAUGAGACGCUCAACUUUGUUGCACCAAACAAGUAUGAGUACUGCAUCUGGACCGAUGGCCUGUGUGCGCUGCUGGGCAGAGAGAUGGGCAGCGACCUCACGCGCAGUGACCUUGAUACUCUCAUCAGCAUGGAGAUGAAGCUCCGCCUCCUUGACCUUGAGAACAUCACAAUCCCGGAAGCGCCUCCCCCUGUCCCGAAGGAGCCUAGCUCGUACAACUUCACCUACAACUACAGCUGAGAUGUGUGUGUGAGUGUGUGUGCGAGUGGGCGCGAGUGUGCAUUUGCACUGCAUGUGUUUGUUUGUUCAGGAUGAGAAUACUUGCUCUGUUGACGAGUUUACCUUCAAGUAUUUCCCCCAGAAAAAGGCUACUUUUGAAUUUUACUUUUCACAACAUUGGAGCCUUCUCCUCGUUUCUGUGUUCUUGAUGCCGUAUGAUUCAUCAUAUAGAAGAAAUGUGUUUAUAGCUUCAGAGGGAGGUCAGAGGUCAGGGUUCCUUUACAGAGAAGUUCUCCUGGAGCUGGUAGAGAUUUAGUGAUUGGAUCUUAUUUAUCAGUUUAACACUCACUAAUGUAUUAAUAAUCUAUUGAUAGAUUGAAUCUAUAAAAUCGUGGGAAAAUAGGAAUCACUUUCCCCACAGCCCGAUUUGAUAUAAUGAGAGUACUUGUUUCGUUUCAAAGCCCAAAGAUCUUCAGUGCGCUGUAAUGAAAUCUAAUGAAAACCAGCAGGGUAAUAUUUAAGAAGCUGAAAAACUAUAAACUAACUAUAUUUCUAACAGUUUAAAUGUACCAUUAAAAAUAAUCAUUAUAAAUGAUGCUGAUGCUUGCUCUCGUCGUUAUAGUUUGACUGUAAACUACAUUUUAGGCUCUAGACCAGAUUUGACUUUCACUGCACUAAUGCGAUGUGCGGAGAGGUCCAGCAACAUGUCUCUGUACUUUUUAAUGAUAAGUGCUGUAGGGGAAAAGAACAGAAGACGCUCAGGAGAGGGCAUGUUAGGCUCUUUAGGUUUUCACAGAAAACUUCUCCCAAGGAUGUUAAUGGAUCAUGGAGAAAGUUGUAAACUGCUUCACAUUCUUAUCGACAGAUCUUUUAAUUGUCUGCUGAUCAACUGAUCAUUUAACUGACUAAUACAUAUUCACUUUAAACUAAAUACAGUAACUGUUCUAGUGUCUGUUUACUCAUUCAUGCUGCCUCACUUUGUUUCACUCACUUUUCUGCUCAGAGUAUUGAGUAACCUUUUCGUAGCCAUUUUCAAUAACAUGUCAAUAUAUCCCACUGAAAUGAAACUAUCCAAGUAGGUGACGAGUUAUGAAGAUGCGCCUGCUUAUCAAAAGUGUGUAUGUUUUGUAUUUGUUUGUAUGUGAGUGGAUAGAUUGUAACAAAACUGAUACAAGUCAGGAUUAAACCUCUGACAUCCAACACAUACAAACCUUUCUUUUCCAAUCAUAGUCACUGCAUUGCCUUAUCAACAUAUUUUGCAUAUCAGCAUUAAUAAGUAGUAUAUGAAUGGUUUACUGUAAAACACAAAAUCACACAAUAUAACGCAGUCGUAGCCAAUAGCAGGAGAAUAUUAAGCAUUCAUAAAUGUUUUUAGUAACAACUUUAACUUUUCUUUUGAAACAUUUAUUAAUAUACAUAUAUUAACACAGGUGUAUUAACAUUAACAAAUAAUGAACAUUUGAUAACACAGUAUAUAUCAGUUUUCAACAUUUGUUAUUUAUUGGUAUAUAUAUAUAUGUAUAUGCAUUCAUUAAGUGUUUCGCAUAUAAACAGCAGGAAUUAAACUAAAGAUUUAGUUACAUAAAGAUGAGAUAUCAAACAUUCAUGUACUGUUUGAUUUAUAUGUGCUACAACUACAUGAUAGUGUGCUGUAAACCAUUUAUUAGUUGUUUAUACGCUUGCUAAAGUGUUAUAUGGGGAAAUAUAAUACAGAGAGUUACAUGGUAUUAUUCAGCUGUACAGUGGUUUUGUUUGAAGCAAACUUACUUUCACAUUCCAAGAGUGUUUGACGCCUCUGGUGUUUGAAUUAAUCAGCCUUCUCUAAGCUCAAAUUUAGACUUUUUAUCGCACUGUGCGCAGGCAGAGCUGAAUUCAAAGGGACUAAGCAGCAGUUCUGUUGGCCUCUUUUAGUCGAUGUGCCAGAUUUACUGCCCUCAAAUGAAUGGAAGCUGGUCAAAAGCCACAGAGGGACGAGCCGUGGGCAUCAGGAACAUUUAGUAUGGCUCAUAUGAGCAGUCAGAGUCUUGUACUUUGUAUACAGUGGUCUCGAUUAGAGUUUUAAAGCUUGAUAUCUUUUUUUUUUAUUCCCAGUUUCAUUGGUUCUAAACUCCCUUCGUAUUUCAUUCAAGUCACUCAAUGUCCUGUCGACUUACUGUGGUACUAAACACUGCUGUCAUCUGUUAAUGCAGAAUAGAAGUAUAUUUUUGUAAGUGAUUGUACAAUCUAAUCAGCUGUGAAGAGGAGGGGUAUUGAGCUAACAUGACACUUUGCAUCAGCAUGUACGAACCAUCCAGCACGCACGUCACUGUGGAAGAACAUUUCACACUGGAAUUUAUUUUUUGUGUCAAAUUGUUUUCGUAUCACUCACAUUUUCAAACCACAAUCACCUCAUAUCAUUUAGGGACGACGCCCACUCCAGCACCUAAUGAUGAUGUCAGUGUUAAUGUAAAGAUUACAAAUGGAAGUUACUGUUAUUGAAAAGGCAUAUUUGUUUGAUUUGUUUAUUUCAAAUUGUUUUCUUUUCGUUUUUUCGACUGCUUAAAAAGUUUGCUUUAUAUUCCAGCAGGUCAGUCAACCUUUUAUCUGCUCUCUGAAAAUAAAAAUAAAAACGCAGCUAAAAUAUAUCCAGAAAACUCAGCAAAGUUUCCAGUGUGGAAAGAGUUGUUGCAUCGGACGUGACAGUACAACUUGAAGUUUUCGCAUCUUGUACUCUUUUACAUGACUCGCUAAAAUAUUUAUUUACACUUGCUAGUGACAGUUCAGAAUGACUUGUUGUUAGUUGGGAAAUAACAACAUCAAAUAUUGUAUACAUAUGGAUAAUUGUAUGUAUAUACAGUAUUGUGUUGCCUUAUUGAAAGAGAUGUAUUAUGUUUUGUGUGAAUAAAUACAAAGUCUAACUA